AUGUCGCACCAUCACACGGGCGAGGGCUGGUCCGACCGCAACCCGGUCCCCACCGUACAGCAGUACAGGGACCAGCAGGAGCAGCUCCGUGCCGCUACCGCUCACGACAAUGCCUCCAAGCUUGCCAGCUCCGAAGCCGACGAGGCGGCGCCCGUCUCCGCUAGCGGCGCUGCGCCCGCCAUUCAGGGCUCGCUCGACGGUCUGAGGCAGCGUAAGAGCACCUCGACUGCCCCUGGCCAGUCCACCAACGGCGCCAGCCUUGACUCUACCAACGGCGCUAGCGUGGACUCUAAAGCCAGCAGACCGCCCAAGGAAGACGACGUCGACCAGGCGCCCGGCGGCGGAGAAGAGGAAAAGGAGCGCAUCAAGAAAGCCUAUGCGCCCAAGGGCAAGGCCAACGAGUUCGAGGAAAAGGGCGAGCGCAUCGUCACCGACCCCACCACCGGCGGCGAAGUCCAGAUCCGCGACGCCUCCGAGAACGCAAAGAUCGAUCCGGACAAGCUCGACUCCCGCUACGGCCCCGGCUUCUCGUCCCACAUUCCCAAAGAUCCUUCCAAGCAUCACCCGCUUCACACUUCUCCCAACCCGGCCGAGCCCUCCAACAUCCUCCUCCACCGCUUCCCCGAGCCCGUCAACACCGAGGCUAUGAAGCGCAUGCAGGCCGCCUUUAACCAGCUCGCCAUCGGCCUCGGCGCCUCGCUUGCCAUCAUCUGGUUCUUCGUCGCCUUCGGCAAUGGCUGGUGGAAGUUCUUCCUGCGCACCUCGGUCAUGGCUGCCGUCAGCUUCGCUGGCUGGACCGGCCUGCAUCUGCAGACGCGCAAGAUCGAAAAGGAGCACGAGGCGAUCCGCGCCGAGAUGCACAAGCAGCGCGGACAGCAGCUCUCGCCUCCGAUGCCCGAGAGUGUCGAGUGGCUCAACGCCGCCAUCGCUUGCAUCUGGAAGCAGAUCAACCCAGACAUGUUUGUGCCCAUGGCCGACAUGGUCGAGGACAUCAUGCAGCAGUCGCUCCCUGGUUUCGUCGAUGCGGUCAAGAUCGACGACAUUGGCAUCGGUGACAACCCGUUCCGCCUCGUCGCCAUGCGCGGUCUCGCCGAUAUGAUGGGCGACAAGGGAUACCCACGCGAGGAAUGGAUCACCCAGGGCAAACAAGUCCCCGACAACGAGGAGGACAAGAAGAGCGACGCCAAAAAGGCGCUUGAUGCCAACGAGGACGCCGACGGUGAUGGCAUUGCCGAUGACGACGAGUCGGGCGACUUCCUCAACUACGAAAUCUCCUUCAGCUACUCGGCCCGCCCGGGUCAGUCGAACAAGGACCGCGCCGCCAACAUCCACCUCAUGAUCCAGUUCUUCAUCGGUGCCUACGAUCUCUUCCAGAUCCCGCUGCCCAUCUGGAUCCAGAUUGAGCACAUUUCCGGAACGGUCCGCCUGCGUUGCCAGAUGGUUCAGCAGGCCCCCUACAUCCGCAACCUCACCUUCAGUCUCAUGGGCGUGCCCAAGGUCGAGAUCUCAGCCAUCCCCAUGCUCAAGGCCCUUCCCAACGUGCUCGACCUUCCCCUCAUCUCGGGCUUCGUCCAGUCCUCGAUCGCCGCCGCCGCCAACAUGUACGUGGCUCCCAAGAGCAUGACGCUCAACAUGGCACAGAUGCUCUCGGGCGACGGCAUCAAGAAGGACACCGACGCCGUUGGUGUGCUUGUCGUCGAAAUCGAGUAUGGCGAGGGCCUCAGCGCCCAGGAUGCCAACGGCAAGAGCGACCCGUACGUCGUGCUCUCCUUUGCCAAGUUCGGCCGCCCGCUCUACAGCUCGCGCAUCAUCUUUGAGGAUCUCAACCCCGUCUGGAAGGAGACGGCCUUCCUGCUUGUCACCAAGGACGACAUUCGCGCCAACGAGUCGCUCUCCAUCCAGCUCUGGGACUCGGACGCACGCACCGCCGACGACAUUGUCGGCCGCGUCAACAAGCCGCUCAAGGACCUCGUGCGCGACGCCAACCAUCCUCAGGACCGCAAGGACAAGCUCAUGGGCUUCGAGGACGCCGACGACAUGCCCGGCACGCUCAAGUGGAAGGUCGCCUUCUACGAAAAGGCCGACUUCAACAAGGCUCUCGUGCCCAAGAAGAAGCAGGAGGAAAUGACCAAGGUCGAAAAGGAGACGCAGCGCGAGGCCUCUGCCAUCGACUCGGCGGAGGAGGCCACCGCUCUGCACUGCCCACCCGACCCGGAGUACCCGUCGGGUAUCCUGAGCAUCAUCGUGCACCACAUCUCGGGCCUCGAGAACCGCGACGUCGAAAAGGGCGUCAUGGGCAAGGAGCGCGAGGGCAGCUACGGUCAGGACGUGGAUGCCGAGGCGGGCGAAGGCAAGGCACUCCCCAGCGGCUACGUCGAGUUCAUCGUCAACGAUGACAUCGUAUACAAGACCCGCGUCAAGCAGUACACCAACAUGCCCUUCUACGAGGCGGGUACCGAGACCUUCAUCCGCGACUGGACCCAGACCGAGGUGCGCCUGGCCGUUCGAGACGCCCGUCUGCGCGAGCACGACCCCAUCAUGGGCAUCGUGGCCAUCGACCUCACCGAGCUCUUCAGCGAGUCGUCCCAGGUGUCCCAGUCCUUCUCCCUCCAGGAUGGUGUCGGCUUCGGCAAGGUCCAUGCCAGUCUGGUCUUCCGCAGCAUCAAAGCGCAGCUGCCCAAGGCGCUGCUUGGAUGGGAUACUGCCACUGUCGAGCUGCUGUCCGAGAUCGAGAUCGAGGGCGACGAGAAGCUCAAGCAGAAGAAGAUCAAGGUUUCCACUGGCGACGACACCAAGAAGAUCUACCCUGACCAGCACAUUGAGGCCGGGGAAGAGACGCUUGUGCGCCUGCCUGUGUACGACCGCUACAGCUCGCUGCUCACGUUCGACCUGGGCGGCGGAGGCCUUUCGCUGGGACCACUCGGUGGCAAGCCGGAUGCGGUAGCGGUGGCGGCGCUCUGCGACCUUGCAGAUGGCGAGGUGGUGGAUCUGGAGCUCGACAUCAUGGCUGGCGACAAUCUGGGCACUCUCAAGCGCAACUACAUCAACGAGCAGACGCGCAAGACGCAUCCGUUCGAGGUGGUGGGCAAGCUGCGCGUCAAGGUGCGCAUGGACGCCGGUCUGGAUGACGACCAUCUGCGACUGGUCGAGCACAGCUCUGGACGCAAGGACCGCCACGAGUUCGAGGUGUACAACCGCCUCGAGGGCAUGCCCAACCGAGCGGUGCAGAACUCGCACGCGGCCGACGACGGCGUGAUUGACCGCAAGGAGCAGAAGCAGAUCAACCGUGCAAAGUCCGAGGCGCUGCACUCGCGACACCGCGGCGUCAUGGGAUACGGCUCGGCCAGGUCUGCAGUUUGGGCCAAGGACGGCAUUCGAUCUCGCAUUCGUCGCACCACUGACAAGAUCCGCGGCAAGAAGGGUCGCGACCAGACUAUCAAGUCCGAGGCUUGA